AUGGAACGGUUUUGGGAUGCCGAAUCUCCCGCUCAGGUCCGCAAGAUUUUGCGUAGUACUUCCUUCUUAAAGGAAAAUGAACAAUAUAAUCGAGCGGAGCACUAUGACCUGGAUUUGACUGGUCUAUGCUUUCGAAUGCUGCUACCUCUAUACGAAGAUCCCGAUCAAAUACUCCUCAAAGAUCAUAACGAGCAGUUGUGCACGAUCAAUAUAUGGUCCGUCAUCGUAGACCGUUGUCUCCAAACUCUUAGCGGCAUCACGCUUCGCCGCGGUGAGACGACGAGUAUCGAGAGCACCGCAAGAAGGAACCGUGACCGGGUGACCACCACAAGACGCAAAAGACUUGGUGCACGUUUUGAUGGACUAGCUGAGGACAACAACGGGCAGCUUGAGUACCCCGCCAUGGAAACUUCAAAAACUUUUGAGGGCGGGACGAGCAAUAAAUGGCUCUGUGACACUAAGAAGGCGGCCAAAUCACUUCAUGGAAUGCUGUACCGUUUACAGGGUCACGUCAAACAGGAUGGGGUGAUUUUGAGAGAGAUGCAUAUGGCGGGUCUCGUCAGCGCAGGAUCGCAUUGCCAGUCGUGGCCAGCUGUUGCGUGUGCCAACCACUAUGGAGCCGCGGAGGCUGUAUGGCGUAUGAAGAUGAUUGCCCGGAAGUGCAAGGUCUCGGUCGCGAAAUAUGGGCUGGGACCCAAGCUUUCGGACUUGCUGUCACCCCCGAGCCCCCCGAGUUUUCCCAGCUUAUCGACCUCAUGUCCCAUUAUUCCUCCCUCUUGUGAUACUGAGAAUGAGAUGUCCUAUCCGCCCGCCGAAGAGUAG